AUGCUCCGGCUGGCAGUGUUCAUCCUGCUUCAUGGUGGAGUACUUGCAAUAAGUGAGAAAGAUAAGGAGAAAGAGGAAAAAGUUCUCCGAGAGUCGAUUGAAGCUGCGUCUAUUGUUCGUGCCAAAGGUGACUACAACGACGACCCCAACUGCAAGUGGCCAAUUUGCGCGCCAGUCUGUGAUGACUGCCCAAGCAAAGGCGUUGGCAGCUGCAUGAUUCCUGGGGUGGAUGAGUGCACGUGGUCGUCGAAGUGCAAGCUGGGGACUUGUUUCUGCUCCAAGGGGUACUGCGCCGAGGGGUCGCAAUGCAAGCUUCGGACGUGCGCUUUGGGCGCUAGACCCCCGCCAUAUGUGGCUGACAGCCUGGUCCACCGCUUCGCCAACUUGGGGGCGGAACUUCCACCCUUCAAUGCCGACAAGCAGGACUGGCAAGACUAUUUCGACGGGUGUAGGAAGCUGCCAUUGAUUUUAGUAGUAGUCGGUGUUUGCAUAGGAAUCCUGACGUUCAUCCUCAUUUGCUUUCAGCUGGAGUGUGAGCCCAGCUGGAUGCCCACGAGUCCAGUGCUACUGCUGGUUCUAUGCGUCAUUACGGUCGUUGUGAUCUGCACGGGCGUCAUUUCCCGUGGCACCGUCGUUGGCGAGAACAUGGAUAUGAUUGAAGAGCAAAUGAGUAGGGUUGACAAAAGCCUCGAUUCCGCCGUCAGCUUGGCGGAAGAGCUCAAGACAAUGGCAGAGGAGUUUGAGGCGGUUGUGAAGGACUUGCCUACUUCCUGCAACUCCAUGGUGCCAGGGGCAAAAGAGAUGAUGGGAAUGGCAUCAGAUAAGGCCAAUGAGAUUUUGUUCUCCUUAAAGCAGAAGGUUGAUGCCUUCUCGACAGUGGCUGACCUCGCGCAUUCGGUGGUGACAAAGAUGAUCAAUGCUUUCUGGCAGGUGAAGGUGAUGGUCAUCUUGGUGCCGAUGGUUCCGCUGGUCCUCAUGGGCCUCUGGACUCUGGCGAUCGCGGUCGCUACGGUGCUCUCCUGGCAGAGCCCAGAUCCCAACGUUGCUGAGCGGGCAGACGAUGCUGUCAUCAGGUUUGGAGCAGGAGGAGCCUGUUGUGCAAUGCUAGUAGCAACAGUGCUGACCGCGAUGUAUCUCUACUGUGGGAUCGUGGCGGGCGGUUUCUGCAUGAAUUUGGAUGCCAAUGUGGUCAGCCUUACCACCACGGUGAAUUUCACAGAGUUGUCCAAGUUUAAGUUCAACAUCGAUCCGAUCCUGAAUGGGGCUGUCCAGUACUAUGUCUUUGGUUCUCAGGAGAAUCCCAUAAUGUCCAUGAUCGAAGAUGUGGAGCGGGACGCCACCGCAUUGUACACAGUCUACACAAACGCCUCAUGGGCGGUGCAGCCUGCAGAGAUGAUCUGCACCGGCAUCAAGAACUUGAACGCCUCUCAAGCCUUGCAAGGCUGUCAGCAGACAGUGCAAUUUGCGAGCGAGCUAAUGUCUGCGAGAAACAUGUACCCGUACUACGACACCUUCGCGAGGGAGCUUGUCUGCCACAGAAUGCUAAGCGGCAUGAACCUGCUCAUCAUUUACACACUGGUGGUGAGCCUUAUACUCAUGCCUUGCGUCGCGCUACUCGCCGACGUCGAUUUGAGGAAAUGGGAAAGGUACAAGAUGAAUAACUACGAGCAGCACUAUGACAUGAAGUACGAAGCCCAAGAGAGGAGUCCCUUCUUGGAAAGUGCUCUCCAUGCCAUGCCAAAAUAUAAUUUAAUGCAACAGCAAACGUCCCAUCCAGCUCAGUUCACCUGA